AUGGAGUUCACUAACAUAAAGUGCACAACUUUGGAUAAGGAUUUUGACGACUUUGAGUACUGCCGUCUGAAGUCCGUAAACCGUACUUUUAAAUAUAUAUCGCUCAGAGUGAAUCUAUAUAAGGUCCCUAUCACCAAAGUCAAGGUUAACUUUGCACUGCUCAAGAGAUUCAGUGGAUACAAGCCGUUUCUUUAUAACAUUACUGUGGAUGCCUGCAAAGUUCUUAAACAUCCGAAGUCAAGUCCAGUUUUUGGAUUUUUCCACAGUCUUUUUCGGGAUUAUUCCAACAUGAAUCACACCUGCCCCUUUGAUCACGAUCUUAUUGUGGACAAGCUUUCCGCCGAGUUUAUAAAUACACAGUUCACAAAAGUUUUGCCAUUUCCCCUCGGAGAUUACCAAUUUCAUUCAAGCUGGAUAGCAGAUGAUAUAAAUCGAGCGGAAGUUCGGGUCUACGGCACUCUUUCUUAA